GUUUUAGAGGUCCGACUUGUGAUUAACUGGGAUAAGGGAAAAGCUGUCAACUUUUUACUGGAGUUACUUGAAUCGAUAAAAGCUGCCAAAAAGUCCAUUUACCCUGGCAAGAGUUGGGAUUUGGUGGGGCAACGUGUUCAUGAUGUUCUUAAAGAGUAUCCGCGUUUGCGCUUAACUCACGGGCGGAAGGUUUUAGAGGUCCGACCUGUGAUUAACUGGGAUAAAGGAAAACUUGUCACCUUUUCCCUUGAGUUAUUAGGGCUAAACAAUUGUGACGAUGUGCUUCCUAUGUAUAUUGGAGAUGAUCGGACAGACGAAGAUGCAUUCUAUGUUUUGAGAGAGGGAAAUAGAGGUUAUGGGAUCUUGGUGUCUUCAGCACCAAAAGAAAGCAACGCAGUUUACUCUCUUCGUGAUCCAUCCGAGGUGAUGGAAUUUCUCAAGUCACUUGUGAUAGUUGGGUCGGGCCGCCACAAAACUUUGUGA